AAUCACAUCAUUUCACAAUUCAGAAGUAAAGCUAAUUCACUAUACUACUACUUGCUUCAACUCUACUCUCUCCUUUUUCCUCUGACAUUUUCAUCUCUUUCUCUAAGAUUUUUGUUCCAAAAAAUAAAAGGGAAAUCUGAAGAAAUGACUAAAGAUGAAGACUUUAAGCUACUCAAGAUCCAGACUUGUGUGCUCAGAGUGAAUAUACAUUGUGAUGGGUGCAAGCAGAAAGUGAAGAAGCUCCUUCAGAGAAUUGAAGGUGUUUAUCAAGUAAACAUAGAUGUGGAGCAGCAAAAAGUGACAGUUUCUGGUAGUGUAGAUUCUGAAACUUUGAUUAAAAAAUUAGUUAAGGCUGGUAAACAUGCUGAGCUUUGGUCUCAAAAGACUAAUCAAAGUCAGAAACAAAACCCCAACUGCAUCAAAGAUAACAAGAACAACAAAAAUCAAAAGCAGCAAGGUUUAAUUAAGGGUCUUGAAUCCCAACAGAAUCAGCAAAAGGUCAAUCUUGUGCAAGAGGAAGUCGAUUAUCUCGACGAGGAUGAUGAUGAUGAUGAGGGAGAUGGUUGUACUGAGGAAGAGAUGAGGUUUAUGAUGAGGGAAAGAGCAAGACAAAUGGCUCUUUAUAGACAACAAGCUGAAGCAAAUAACAACGCGAAGAAAGCUAUGGCUGCUGCUAUGGCCAAUGGUAAAGCAAAGAACAACAAUGUUGGCAAUGUGAAUAAUGGCAAGAAACAAGUCCCUAUUCAGAAUAUGACAAUGAAGCCAAAUCCAGGAGCUAAUAUCGACCAAAGAACAAUGGCUGCAAUGAAGAUGAACAUGAACAAUGCUGCUCAAUUAGGGGGAGGCCAAAAUCAUGUCAAUGUCAAUCUUGGUGAGGCGGCGAAAAUGGGAAAUGACAUAAAUGCAAUGAUGAAUUUUGCUGGUUUUCAUGGGAAUAACGGGAUGACUAAUAACAACGUUGCAGCAAUCUUGAAUGGAGGCGUAGGAGGAGGAAAUGGUAAUUCCAUUGGAGGAGGAUUUAGAGUUCAUCCAAAUAAUGUUAUGCAAGGAUCUUUAGCCGGUGGCGGUCAUAAUCCUUCUGCUUCAAUGCUAAUGAACAUGAACAAUGGAGUCCAACAGCAGCAGUACAAUCCAUCGUCCGUGCUAAUGAAUUUGCAGAACAGGCAUGCUAUGCAACAACCUCAGAUGAUGUACAGUAGGUCUCCUUUCAUUCCUCCAUCAACAGGUUAUUACUAUAAUGAUAAUAGUAAUAAUUAUGGUCAAGUCCCAUACACUUCCUAUGUUGAUCCUUAUUACACUUCUGCUGCUGCUGCUGCUGCUGUUGAUCAAUCUGCAACUACUUCUCAUAUGUUUAGUGAUGAGAAUCCUAGUAGUUGUUCCAUUAUGUGAUGAAAUGAACUAGGUGGUUUCUUAACAGUAUUUUGUAAUGUGGGAAUUGAAGUAAAUGGUCUGAGGAUGAGGAGUAUUUUAGGUCCUCAAUCUUUUCUAUUAACAUCAAAUAUAUGAUGUUUAAUUUGUAUUUUCUUGGUACUACAAUUCUAAUCUUGUAUAAUUCUAGUGGUUUAUCUUUAUCCAUUUGUAUUAUUGAAAUGGUGGAAGAACAUGUUUU